AUGGCUGGAUUUGAAGAUAUAUCUAACAAGGGGAUGGGACUGCCUUCAUCCUUCAUUCUCCUCGCCACUGCCGUCGUCAUCCUAGCAACUUUUGCGGCGACGCAGCUGGGAGGGCUUAUCAAGACCAAAUUCUCAGGAGAACGCAAGGUAUACGACAUCAUUGAACUACGAGUAUACCCCGUCAAAUCAUGUCGUGGCAUCAGUCUCCGCAAAACCCACAUGCAAAUGCAUGGUCUAGACCUUGAUCGACAGUGGAUGUUCGUCGAUGGCCAAACGCAUCAAUUCGUGACCAUCCGACAAAAUCCACGAAUGACUCUAAUCAAUACCAAGAUUAGCGAGGAUGGGAAGAACCUCAUUCUCAGCGUGGGUGAUGAACAGGUCAGCGUCGCAGCGUAUCCUACCCUGGAAUGGUUGGCUGCCAAUACCACACUUGAGCAUGUCAAGAUCUGGUCUGACGAUACAGAUGGGUAUAUGUACGGCCCGGAAGUCAACGAGCACUUUUCCCGGUUUUUGGACCAGGAUGUGCGUCUUGUAUACAAAGGUCCGAGUGAUCGUAUCCUCUCCACCAAUGCCAAACCGGAGCUUCUCGGACGUUCUCAAUCUACCUAUUUCCCGGAUCAGAUGCCUCUACUCAUCGCUUCGGACGCAUCCGUAACCGAGCUCAAUGAACGAUUAGCAGGGAAGGGUGAGCGUGCUAUUACUAUUGAACGUUUUCGACCCAAUAUCAUCAUUCGGGGUAAUCAAGCCUGGUCCGAAGAUAGGAAGAAAGAGCAAAAACCUAUCAUCAUAGAUGUUGUCGCUCGCUGUGCACGCUGCCAAGUCCCUAAUGUCGAACCAACUACCGCUGAGAAACACAAACGGGAGCCUUGGGAUACGCUCAUGUCUUAUCGUAGAGUUGACAAGGGAUCAAAAUAUAAGCCGUGUUUUGGGAUGCAUAGUGUCCCGCGGAACGAGGGUGAGAUUGAGAUUGGUAUGCAGUUGGAGGUGUUGAAGGAGACGGAUAAACAUCGCAUUGUGCACUAA